CAGAAACAAGGUAGUUUUGUUUUUUUUAAUUUUACGACAGGUGAUGUAAAUUCAGAGGAAAGGUGCAGGAGGAUGGGAGAGAGGAAGCAGUCACCCACACAUAGGAGGGGAAGAAUCCCCUCCAACUGAGUUCUUUUGGGAAGAGUUUACUGGAGGAGGGGAAGGGAUGGGAGACAAAAAAUUGGCAGGAAGAAGCUGGAGGGGAAUGGUUUGUUUUCUUUCAGUAACCCCUAAAAGAGCCAUCUUGAUGGUUGUGUGGGCAGAACUGUGGAAGACACUGAUACAGACAUUUAUUUUCCUUUUGUGUCAUCCUGUACAUGUUCCUUGCAUGUGUUCCUUGCUUCCUUGCUUUAUCAGAUUCUCUCUCUGUGAUUUAUAAACCAAAUCCUUUAGGAAGGCAGAGUCACUGCCUUGAGCAGCUGGAGCCCAAGAGCUGCAGUAUGUGAUUCAACAGCCCAUGAUAUCACAGGGACCUCAGAGGAUGAAACACUGGGACGACAACAACAUGAGGAACGUGGCCAUAGAUUAAGGAAGCUGAGAGUGGGAGGAAGUCGGUUGCGGGAGUGAAUAUGUAGAUGUUGAGCAAAUGGUAAGAGACGUGACUAAAGAGAUUUGCAUAUGUAGAAAGCAAUGAAGUUGAGUCUUUGCCCAUUGAGAGAGAGGACAAUGUGAAAAAUAUUUUAUUAUACGAGAAUUAGGUCUCAAGAGAGAUGUCCUUGGAGCAUCUCUGAAUAGGUGUCUAAACCCAGCCUAGGUAGUCCCUAGGAGGAUGUUAACCUGUGCUCAGGCUGGAUUCUCUCCAGUAUUCUGUAGUAGAAAUGGGUUUUCAGAUAAGUUGUGAGGGAGUAGUUAUGUCUGACUGUUGUACUGUCACCUUCAGUGCCUGGGCCCUGUCUCUUUAGGAUAAGGCCUGUAACAUAUGAUGGGCACAGCAGCAGAGGACUGGCCUUGGUCUAAGAGAUCUCUUCCAGCUUGUUGCUUUGGUGGUGGAUGUGCCAUAAGUAUAUGGAUAUACAUAGAUUCAUUAUGCACAAUGACAGUAAAGAGUGAGUUGGUGUUUGGCUGAGCUCCUCUAUUAAUUAUACGACAAAAUUAAUUGAAGCCAUUUUUCCCUUUGUGGAAAUAAGUAAUUCUUGCUGUCCCAGCCCUAGAAUGAUUUCCAUUUUUAACUCACCAGUGAAACAUAAAUAUUGUGGUUUUACAUGACCUGAUUGAUAACAUUCACACAAAAUGCACCAGGUCCAGAGUUCCUUGAAACAGUAUGUGCCUGUGAUGGAUGGGAAUGCAGAGAAGGUGAUGACAGUCCUGACUCGGUCCUCGAUGAGGAUUUCUGCAAUUGAGUUUCAAUUUCUGUUGCACAGAUUUUUAUGGUAAUCACUUGGACAUAACAGAGCUUCCCUUUGAGGCCCUACCUGAACCCUUCAGUCUUCUUUGUACUCGAGUUGUAAGUUAUCUGUGCCAAAAUGACUCUGUAGGAGUGAGUCAGCAUCUUCCUUCAGACCUUCAGUGCUGGUGGGGAAGCCAUGUUGCUGAAGAUCACCUUGCCUUCUGGAAGCAGAAACACAAUGAACAGAUGAAUCCCUUCAUCCAGACAUUCCUCCAGUAGAUCUUUCUCCUCAUGGAGCACCCAGGCAGGGAGGAGAUGGACUUGAAAGAGGAAAGUCCUCAGGUGUGGACUGAGUCUGCAGGACAGGAACAGAACACGGCUCAGGUGCACUUUGUCCCCGAGGGGGGGGCAGUGGCCCAGAUCAUGUACAGUGACGAGCAGGAGCGGGGCCCUGCACAGCAGGUGGUCUACACGGCUGAUGGCACCUCCUACACCUCUGUGGACACCUCGGAGCACACCCUCGUUUACAUCCACCCCGUGGAAGCUACGCAGACUCUGUUUACAGAUCCAUCCCAAGUGGCUUACGUCCAACAGGAUGCUACCACCCAGCAGGUAACUGUGCUCUUGCCUGCUGCUGCUCAGAGCAUGAAUCCCACCAACCUGUCCGUGCUCGGCAGCGUUGCUGACCCCCCCCAGCCAGUGGCUCUGGAGCAGGGGCCACAAGCAGAUAGAGCAUCAUUACCGGUGCAUAACCAGGUGUUACCUCCCAUGGAGGCUGUGGAUGGUUCUGAUCCUUUAGCACCUCUGCAGAAUCAAAUGGAAAGGAUAGAAACAAAAGAGGAAGAUGAUGAAGAUGAAGAUGAGGAUGAAGAUGGGGAAGACACUGACAUGGAUGAAUGGGAUCCAGAUCCACCUCGUCCCUUUGAUCCCAACGAUUUGUGGUGUGAAGAGUGUAAUAACGCACAUCCCUCAGUGUGUCCAAAACACGGACCUUUGCAUCCCAUCCCAAACCGGCCUGUGCUGACCAGGGCAAGGGCCAGCCUUCCCCUGGUGCUCUAUAUAGACAGGUUUUUGGGAGGUGUGUUUUCCAAAAGGCGUAUCCCAAAGCGUACACAGUUUGGGCCUGUGGAAGGACCCCUGGUCAGACAGUCUGAACUCAAAGACUGCUACAUCCAUUUGAAGGUUUCUCUUGAUAAGGGUGACAGAAAAGACAGAGACUUGCAAGAGGACCUGUGGUUUGAACUUUCCAGUGAGGCUCUGUGUAACUGGAUGAUGUUUGUGCGUCCAGCUCAAAACCACCUGGAGCAGAACCUGGUGGCCUAUCAGUAUGGCCACCACAUUUAUUACACCACCAUUAAAAACGUGGAGCCCAAGCAGGAACUCAAGGUGUGGUAUGCUGCCUCCUAUGCUGAGUUUGUGAACCAGAAGAUCCAUGACAUAACUGAGGAGGAAAGGAAGGUGCUCAGGGAGCAGGAAAAGAACUGGCCAUGUUACGAGUGCAAUCGGCGUUUCAUGAGCUCGGAGCAACUCCAGCAGCACCUCAACUCCCAUGACGAGAAGCUGGACUUCUUCAGCAGAGCCAGAGGCCGAGGUCGUGGGCGAGGAAAGAGGAGAUUUGGACCUGGCAGACGCCCUGGGCGUCCUCCCAAAUUCAUGCGCAUGGAAGUAACCAGUGAAAAUGGUGAAAAGUGUGAAGAAGGGACACAGGACUUGCUGCAUUUUUCCAGCAAGGGGCAGUUUGAUGAGGCCGGACAAGCCCCAUUGAAUGGGCUGGAGCAGCAGGAACAGACUCCGGUGCCACCAGAGCCUCAGGCAGCACUGGAGCAGCAGGAAAACCACGUGCUCAACAUCCAGCCGCAGCAUGAGGGGAGCACGGUGCCCACACAGAGCACCAUGACAGCAGAUGACAUGAGGCGAGCAAAGCGCAUCAGGAAUGCAGCUCUGCAGCACCUGUUCAUCCGGAAAUCCUUCCGCCCAUUCAAAUGCCUGCAGUGUGGGAAGGCCUUCCGGGAGAAGGACAAGCUGGACCAGCACCUGCGGUUCCAUGGGCGGGAAGGGAACUGCCCUUUGACCUGUGACAUCUGCAACAAGGGCUUCAUCAACAGUGGUGCCCUCGAGAGCCACAUGAAGUUCCACAUGGACCAGAAAACAUACUCCUGCAUUUUCUGCCCCGAGUCCUUUGACCGCUUGGAUCUGCUUAAGGAUCAUGUGGCCAUCCAUGUCAAUGAUGGCUAUUUCACCUGCCCCACCUGCAAGAAACGCUUCCCAGAUUUUAUCCAGGUCAAGAAACAUGUGCGCAGUUUCCAUUCUGAGAAGAUUUACCAGUGUACAGAGUGUGACAAGGCUUUCUGCCGCCCCGACAAGCUGCGACUCCACAUGCUGCGGCACUCGGACCGCAAAGACUUCCUAUGCUCCACUUGUGGCAAGCAGUUCAAGAGGAAGGACAAGCUGCGGGAGCACAUGCAGAGGAUGCACAACCCAGAGAGGGAGGCCAAGAAGGCUGAUCGGAUCAGCCGCUCCAAAACCUUCAAGCCCCGGAUUGCAUCCACUGACUAUGAGAGCUUCAUGUUCAAGUGCCGCCUCUGCAUGAUGGGCUUCCGCCGCAGGGGCAUGUUGGUGAAUCAUUUAUCAAAGAGACAUCCAGACAUGAAAAUAGAAGAGGUGCCAGAGCUCACGUUGCCCAUCAUAAAACCCAACAGAGAUUACUUCUGUCAAUACUGCGAUAAGGUGUACAAGAGUGCCAGCAAACGAAAAGCACACAUCCUGAAAAACCAUCCUGGCGCUGAGCUACCUCCAAGCAUCCGGAAACUGCGUCCUGCAGGCCCGGGAGAGCCAGAUCCCAUGCUGAGUACCCACACCCAGCUGACAGGCACCAUUGCCACCCCUCCAGUGUGCUGCCCUCACUGCUCCAAGCAAUACAGCAGUAAGACAAAGAUGGUGCAGCACAUCCGCAAGAAGCACCCAGAGUUUGCUCAGCUGCCAAACACGAUCCAUGCACCACUGGCAACGGCCGUCAUCAGUUCCACGCCAGCUGUUCUCACCACCGACAGCACGACUGGAGAAACUGUUGUGACAACAGAUCUACUGACCCAAGCAAUGACAGAGAUAUCCCAGACCCUCAGUACAGACUACCGGACUCCCCAGGGAGAUUAUCAGCGCAUCCAGUACAUCCCUGUGUCUCAAUCCACAACUGGCUUGCAGCAGCCUCAGCACAUACAGCUGCAGGUUGUUCAAGUGGCCCAGGCUACCUCACCUCACCAGUCCCAGCACUCCACAGUUGAUGUUGGGCAGCUCCAUGACUCCCAGACAUACACCCAACAUGCCAUCCAGGUGCAGCACAUCCAGGUCACAGAGCCAUCACCAGCAACUCAGUCAUCACAGGUUGGGGGUCAGCCUUUGAGUCCAUCCUCGCAACAACCUCAGCAGGAACUCAGCCCCUCACAGAUGCAGACAACUACAUCAACACCAAACCAAGCCCUCCAGCAGCAGCAAGGCUCCUCAGUCCAGCACACAUAUCUCCCCAGCAACUGGAACUCAUUUCGGAGCUACUCAUCAGAGAUUCAGAUGAUGACCAUCCCCCAAGGGCAGUAUGUAAUCACAGAGACUGCUGUGGGUACCCCGGUCACCACUGUCAACACAGGGCAAGUGAAAGCAGUUACUCAGACUCACUAUGUGAUAUCUGAAGGUCAGCCUGAUCUGGAUGGUAAACAAAACUCCUCACUCUCCAGUGAGGUUCAGGUGGGAGUUUCCCAGCCCACAGCCCACACGGAUCCCUUGGAAUCCCAGGCAAGCAACCAGCAGCAAACCACCCAGUACAUCAUCACAACCACUACCAACGGCAGUGGCGGGAGUGAAGUGCACAUCUCCAAACCCAGGACUUUCUCAGCAGAGCAUGAGUGAAAGAGCCUCAUGGUCCAUUUGCUUGUCCUUGUCACCUUCCUGACAGCCCAGAUGUGAGGGUACCCUGGGGCUCUAUAUGUUUUAAUGUGUAUGCUGACUUACCUUCCACUAAAAUCCUGGAGCUCUUGUUAAUGCUUUAAGAGGGUUUAAUUCACAAUGACUAUGAAAUACCCUCAGAAUCCUUCUGGGAUGCUUUUUAUGCAGCUUUUAAGAAAAAGGACAAGAGAAGUGAAACCUCUGUUGGCCCUGGACUUUAUUUUUGGCAUGUCUGCUGACCCUUAUUUUUCCUUUUUGGAAGUGUGUCCAGCAAACAAUUUUAUUUCAACUGUAUGGGAAAAAGAAUUGCUUAACUGAAGGCUUCCUGGCAGAUUGUCGUAUGUAUAUUUUUAACAGGAGCCAUUAAACAGGAGAACAUAAUGUAAAUUGCUAGAACAUAUCAGAACUGCUUCCUGUGGCUUCUAGCAGCCAAGGUGAAAAGGGGAGUGUCCCUGCACCAUAUGAGCAGACUGCCUGCAGAAGGGAGCAGCAGCAGCCAAGCAGUGGCUCCUGAUGUCCCUGUAUGGGGAUGGAACAAUGAAGCUGUGAAGAUGUGCCGAAGCAGUCCAUUAAAUUAUUAUUUUUCCAGCCCUCCAGAACUGUUUACAUGCUGUCUGCUCUGCCCUGUUUUACCCAGCAGUGCAGAAAGCAGGAAAAGCACAGUCUUAAACCCAUGUUGUUUGGAACAAACUGAUUGAAAUCCUAGGAUCACCUAAGGGUAGUACAGAGCCACUGUUACUUCUUUUCCCUCCAGUGUUUGCAGGGAAAAUUUCUUUUUUGCCUGUAA